UCCAUGGACCAUCUAGAUUUUGGUGCUGUGUCUGGUAGCAAGACUGUGGCUCCACCAUGAAGCAGUGUGUGGUACUGAUGAUGGCCUUCGUUUGCGUCCAUGGGGCCCCUGUGGACGUUUUGACCCCCGGUUCUUGCAAAGAUGCUGUAACAAGCAGUGCUGCUGCUGAAGCUAUGAACAAAAUCAAUCUGGACCGCACUGAGGGUUACAUUUUCAGCCUUGAUCGUCUCACCAAUGUCCAUCAGAUGAAGCAUGGGGAGACAGGAAUUGUCUUCUAUCUCACAUUUGAUGUUUUGGAGACCAAGUGUCAUGUCAUCAGCAAGAAAAACUGGAGAAACUGUGAAAUCCGAAACCCUGAACAGUACCCAGUCUAUGGACAGUGCAAGGCCGUUAUGUACAUGAACCGAGUUCACAGAGUGACCCGUCUGUAUAAGUAUAGCUGUACUGUGAGACCAGUGCCUGCCUCCAAAAUCAGAGAACGGUGCCCAGAUUGCCCUGUACAGCUCCCAGAGGAUCAUGAAGCAGUCUUGAGGACAGUGAAGAUGGGCAUGGAGAAAUACAAUAAUGAGAGUGCAGUGGCAAACUACUUUGUUCCUCUAAACAUUACAAGAGCUUUCUCUCAGCGUGACUUCGGAAGAUUCUACAGUGUGGAGUUCACCAUCCAAGAGACGGUCUGCUCUUCCAAAAACAAUACUGCUGAUGUCUCUAAAUGUGAGGUCAUGGCAUGCGAGUUUGCGCACAAAGGAUUCUGCAAAGUCUCUCACUCGGUCACAAUCACCAACGAGGAGCAUCUCAGUGUUCAGUGUGAAAUCUUUGAACCAGAGGCUGCUGAAGAGGAGAAGAAAAAACACUUGAUUGGAGGUGAACUGGACCACAGCCAUAGCAGCACAACUGGCUCAGCUACUGAACAAGAUCAUGACCACACCAAACCCCACACACAUGAACAUGACCAUGAACACACCUCAGGCCACGACCACACACACGAACAUGGCAAGGAUCUUGGACACUCUCACGAGCACGACCAUGCUCACGCCCAUCACGCCAAUGCCCAUGAGCACGGUCAGGACGAGUGGGAGCACCAUCACCACCAGUACGGUCACAAAAAGGACGAGACCCAUGAACACGACCAUGAGGUGGCCCUGGACCACGAGCACAAACACAGACAUCUCCACGAGCAUGAGCAUCACCACCACCACCACGAUCAUGAGAAUAAAACUACAGUAAGGCGUCCUGAUGGCAUGAUCAAUGUCCUUCCUCCCAUGGAUAAGCCCAUGACCCUUCCAUCCUUCCCUGACAAGCCUGCUGCAGGACCUGAGCAGCCCUCCACCCUCCCGUUCCACCCUGACCCCCAGAUACCAGGACAAAGGGAGCCCACCAUCCAUCCCUUCCCUGACACCAUGUCCCCUGAGUGUCCUGCAAAGUCCAACAUCCACAAUGGACUGCUUAAGCAGAUCAUCAGUGAGGAUCCGCUCUUUAAACCCACUGUGUAGAGACCUUUGAAUAAUUAAUGUGCAGUGUAAUAAAUACUGCAGUGUUAUAUUAUGCUUUGUGCAA